GAAUGUUCUUUUAAUUACGUUAAUUUGAAUAUUGGCGCGACGCACGCUACCGACAGAGAUACCAACUGUAAACACAACACAAACGUUGCGUCAUAUUGCGCACUGGGUUCCGAGUCGUGUGUCGCGAAUCUCGUUUUCGAAAGAGCACGCACACACAUGCCGCGUCGUGAAAUCAAAUCAUCGGCCCGCGAAACGAGAGUACAUAAAUCGCGAGCGACAAUUCUCAGUGUUCGUCAGAUGCAAUCGGUUUUAGCGCGUGUGGUUGCGUACGUGUCUCGUGACUGUCGUUUCACGUAUCUGUGCGCGCUCGGUAGGUCAAAAUGGCGUGAACCGACCGUGCGAUUUUAGGUUAUCUUCGCUCGUGGCAAAUCACGGCGGGUCCAGAAAUAAAGGCGACACGUCCAUACGAGGCUGGCAUCCCUUUUUCCAAGUGUACACCGCGAUCCUCCACGUACGUUCUUUAGCUCGAGGUACAUGAGUUAUGAGGACGGAAUGCCCGCAGGCGGUAACAGUCGUUUCCGCGGUUACCCAGCGCGGAUGUCCGAGCGACAACAACUCGCGCUCCUUCUCCAAAUGACCUCUCAGGAAAUAGUAUCAGGUGCAAAUCGAACGGAAAACACAACGCCAAGCACUACCCAAAGGUCAUCGACAUUGCAACAGCGAGGAUCAAAAGGACGGUGGACUAGUAAAAAUGGGGAUUCGGCAGUCCAUACGUCUGUUAAUCGUAAAGAAGAUUUUCGCGUGGGUCAGAUGCUCGUAAAUGGAUACGAUCUUAAUACGAAGGAAGCGAAUGAUACUACAAGUACGAGUUCACCUGAUGAGAGUACAACCGUUGCUUAUGAUAAUCCAUGCUCUCCGGCUGAAACAAGCGCAACUGCGCCGUCAAACGAGCACCAAGACCAAGAACAGGAACAGGAACAACAACAACAACAACAACAGCUUUACCAACAUCACCAUCCUCAGUUACAACAGCAGCAACGUACGACCGGAAGUGCGCCAGCUGCCGCACUGCACGUUGCUGAGGACAGUGGAGCCCCCUGUGAGAUGCGGAGGACACCACCGCAAAAUAAAGCAACCGGCAACCGACAAUCCAGCGUCGGUCCCUUUACCAUCACGGAACACCCGGACUCCGAGGCCGCGAGGAAUCAACAAUGCAUCGCCACUCGUGCCGCCACCGAAUCUAAACACCGAUGA